CGCCUCUCCUUCCAUUGCUCGCAGGACGCUCAGAGUCCAGCUCUCCAGAGUUCAACGAUCCGAAAAUACCCCACUGCUCCCAGGAGCGGUAACCUGGGCACUCUGUGCCCUUUAUCCCUGUCCCGGUCCCUUCCCUGGGCCGAGGACCCCACCAGUAGGACUCAGUUUCCUUGAGCCUGCUGCCUGCAUCCCUCACUUGAUUUUGCUUGUGUGAUCUCUCCGUUGCUCCUGCCCCUGGACGGAGUGGCAAGCCUUACACUUGAAAUCAGCCUGGUGUCGAAACAACUCCAAGGAUUUAUCCUUCAAGCCCUGUGUUCUGUCCAGCGAUCCUACCUUCAAUUUGAGGCACAGGUACUGCAGCAAGCCAGUGCCCUAAGGACUCUCAGAGAGGCCCUGGAGGAUGUAAUCGCCUUUUUGUGGCCCAGUACUCCCAGCUCUACCCCACACUCCCAUCCAGAGAUCAUGUAGAGGGCCCUCAUGGAGAGUGGGGCAGGGAUGCCUGAGCAAGACAAGGACCCCAGAGUCCAAGAGAAGCCCGAUGAUCAGAAAGGGGGCCCUGAGGUCACCAGCGAUGCACGGUCUGCAGGUACACCCAUGUGGGACAGUGGAGGCCUCUCUCCCUUCCUACCCAGGCCCGGGCCUGGGCCCCUGCAGAGAAACCUCCAUACCCAGAGGUCAGAAAUCCCAUCUGACCAGACAUCCCAGCCAUCUGGGAUCUCCAAGCGCAAUGCCAUCCACAGCUCCUACAGCUCCACAGGAGGCUUCCUGUGGCUAAAGAGGAGGAAGAAACCAGCCUCAUCCCACUGCCAGCUGCCCCUCACUUCUUCAAAGACAGUGAGUGAGGUCAGCCCUCAGGCUGUCUCUCAGGGUCAGGCCCAGUGUGAAAAGGCAGCAGAUUCAGCACCUGGGGAGAAACCAGCCCCCAGGAGUGGCUCCCCACAUCUCAGGCCUCUAGGCCUCAUAAACGAAAGUUCCUCCUGCUGCCACGCAGAACCACUUUUGUCUUUGCCAAUUUGUCCCUUGGGUUUGGCGACCCAGAGGCAGUGGCCAGAAAAGAGAGGCAGAAUUGGAGUUAUGGUCAUGGGACUUUGGCUUUGGACAAGGCCAAGAUUUACUUGGAUAAGAACAUAAAAACAAGGAGCUGCUGGAAGAGAAGAACUACACUUUGGAUGGGUUUAUUGGGAGCUGAGAGCACGGAAGAUGAGACAGUUUUGGAAACCAGCUGCAGUAGCAUGGAAGAUACUGACAAUCACUUCAACAAGGACAAUUUUUUUUAAGAGACAGGGUCUCAUGCUGUGGCCCAGGCUGGAGUGCCAUGGUGUGAUCACAGCUCACUGAAGCCAAAAUCUCCUGGGCUUAAGCUAUCUUCCCACCUCAACCUCCCAAGUAGCUGGGACUACAGGCACAUCCAACCAUGCCCAGCUCAUUUUUAACUUUUUUUGUAGAGCCGGGUCUCACUGUUUUGUCCAGAUUGGUCUUAAACUCCUAGGCUCAAGGGACCCUCUCUCUUCAGCCUCCCAAAGUGCUGAGAUUACAGGUGUGAGCUGCUGUGCACCAUGGAGGAUGAGGUUUUUAAGAGAUGGGGUUUGCUGCAUUGUCCAGACUGGUCUCAAACACCUGGGUUCAGUUAUCCUGCCGCGGUCUCUCAAAGUGCUGGGAUUACAGGCAUGAGCCUCCACACCCAAACACUUGGGGCGGUUUUAAGCCCCCAGGAAGGUGCACCAGCAGGACCAAGAGGUGGCCUGGGCCUCCCCAACACUCUCAUCCAUGCAGAC